UGAAAGAAGCAAUCGCAUAUCUGGAAGCAAAUAGAACAGAUUUGCGGUCUCGUUGACGCGUUCGCAAUCCAUUGUAGUCUGUCUUUUGUUAAAUAUAUGUCUUAUUCUGAAUAAACCUUCGCGGUUCGCACCAGUACAAUUUAGUUUAGUGUAAGAAUCAGUCAGUUGCAUUAUAAGGAAUAAAGUGUUAAAAUUGAAUAAUUCAAAUUAAAUUUUAGUUGAAGAAAAAAAUAAUGAACUUCAAAAUGAAGUUAUUAAAGAAAGAUUGUUUGUCAAUAUUUCUGGUGCAGUUUUUGAUAAAGUCAAGUUUCGGAAUAUUUUUACCACGAUCUGGAAAUCCAUAUGAGAAUAUUUUGCAGUUAGGAUUACACAAUUAUUUGGAACAAGCGAGACCAGUCGAAGUGCCAAUAAAUAAUGCGGCAUUUGAUUUCAUCAUUGUUGGAGCGGGACCAGCUGGCUGUGUUCUAGCCAAUCGACUGUCAGAAAAUCCAAAUUGGACCGUUUAUCUGCUAGAAGCUGGUGGAACUGAAAACAUAGCUCAUUUAAUGCCUGUUAUGGCAGCUUUCCUACAAGGAACACACUCCAAUUGGAAUUAUAAGUCAGUUCCUCAAAAACGAUCCUGUUUGGGAAUGAGAAACAAUGAGUGUUUCUUGCCACGAGGAAAAGUUCUAGGCGGAUCGAGUUCCAUCAAUUACAUGAUCUACAAUCGUGGAAACAAAAGAGAUUAUGAUAGAUGGGCAAAGGCUGGUAAUGUCGGUUGGUCCUACAACGAAGUUCUGCCCUACUUCUUGCGUUCGGAAAGAGCUAAUCUUCAAGGUUUGGAAAAUUCACCAUAUCACAAUCGAUCAGGUUUGCUUAGUGUCGAAGAUGUUGAUUUUCGAUCUGCUAUGGUACAUGCUUUUGUGAAGGGCACUCAAGAAGCCGGCCACAAGUAUACCGAUUACAAUGGUGAGACACAAUUGGGAGUGUCUUAUGUUCAAGCGACAACUUUGAAUGGCAAAAGACACAGUGCUGCCAAAUCUUACAUAGAUCCAAUUCGUUAUAGAAGAAAGAAUCUGCAUGUUAUAACUCUGGCCAGGGUUACCAAGAUCCUUAUUGAUCCCAAAACCAAAUCUGCAUACGGAGUUGACUUCGUCCACAGGGGUAAAAAGUACACAAUACGAGCUAGAAAAGAAGUCAUAAUAUCUUCUGGAUCAUUCAACUCUCCACAAUUGCUUAUGCUCUCGGGCAUUGGCCCUAAAGAUAAUCUUAAGGCCAUCGGAAUCCCACAAAUACAAAACUUGCCAGUUGGUCAAAGGCUCUAUGAUCACAUGUGUCAUUUUGGACCAACAUUCACAACAAAUGCCACAGGAGCUACCCUGUUCGCCAAUCGCAUAUCAGUGAAUGAUGUAGCAGAAUGGAUAUCUGGAAAUAGCAGAACAAGAAUCUCUACAAUCGGAGGUGUAGAAUCGUUGGCAUUUAUAAAGACUCCAAAUUCAAGGGAGCCAGCUGACUUUCCUGACAUCGAAAUUAUAAUGGUAUCAGGAAGUUUAGCAUCAGAUGGUGGUACUGGUCUCAAAGAAGGUGCAAACUUCCGUGAUGAUCUCUACAACAAAGUCUACAAACCAUUGGAGAAUCGAGAGCACUUUUCUUUCCUUAUUAUGCACUUCCAUCCUAAGUCAGUUGGUCGCGUUUGGUUGGAAGAUCGAAAUCCUUUCAAUUGGCCAAAAAUUGAUCCGAAAUAUUUCAAAGAAGAGGAAGAUAUUGAAUUCCUUUUGGAGGGCAUCAAAGAAGCUAUCAGAAUUUCUAAGACACCUGCCAUGCAAAAAAUUGGAACAGAAUUGUAUACGAAAAAUGUGGUAGGAUGUGAGGAUUUAGAAUUCGGAACCGAUGACUAUUGGAGGUGUUCGAUAAGGGUAAUGUCAUAUACACUGCAUCAUCAGGUGGCUACUUGCAAAAUGGGUCCUGCAUCGGAUCCUACAACUGUUGUCAAUCCGCAAUUGAAGGUUCAUGGUAUAAGGAGACUUCGAGUGGUAGAUACAAGUAUCAUACCAUUCCCACCAACUGCUCAUACGAAUGCGGCUUCGUUUAUGAUUGGGGAGAAGGCAGCUGAUAUGAUUAGAGAAGAAUGGACAAAGUGAAAUUAAAGAUUCAUUGUUUUUGAAUGUUUAAAUUG